AUGAAAAAAAUAUGCCUUUGGGCGUGGCUCAUUUAUUUUGCAUGAUUAUGGAGAGGGCAUCUCUGUUCAUUUUAUCUCUCUUCUUUGCUGUUUCUUGCUCUCAGUAUCAACCUACUUGGGAUUCACUUGAUAAGCGGCCAUUACCCGAAUGGUACGACGAAGCAAAGAUAGGCAUAUUUCUGCAUUGGGGUGUCUUCUCUGUACCAAGCUUUGGUGGUGGAGAUUAUGCUGAGUGGUUCUGGUAUAAUUGGAAAGGUAGUAAAAAGGCUCCUACUGUUGCUUUCAUGGAGAAGAACUAUCCUCCAGAUUUCACUUAUCCUGAUUUUGCUCCAAUGUUUAAAGCUGAGCUUUUUGAUCCUAAUAAAUGGGCUAGCCUCUUGCAGAACUCUGGUGCAAAAUAUGUAGUUUUGACUAGUAAGCAUUUGGAAGGAUUUACUAAUUGGCCUAGCAAGGCAUCAUGGAACUGGAAUUCUGUGGAUACUGGCCCUCACCGAGAUCUUGUGAAUGACUUAGCAGCCGCCAUAAGGAACAGCACUGACAUUUAUUUUGGAUUGUAUUAUUGUAUGUUUGAGCUGCUUAAUCCCAUUUAUAUUGAAGAGAGAGCUAAUGGGUUCAAUACACAGGUGUACCCUAAAGAAGUAACAUUGCCUCAGGUGGUAGAGAUAGUUAAUGCUUACAAGCCUGACAUCAUCUGGUCUGAUGGUGAAUGGGAAGCUCCAGACACAUACUGGAAUAGCACUGAGUUUCUGGCAUGGGUCUACAAUGAGAGCCCAGUGAAAGACCAUGUUAUUGUUAAUGAUAGAUGGGGUAAAGGCAGUCGCUGCACUCACGGAGGAUUUUUUAAUUGUGGAGAUCAUUAUAAUCCAAGAACUUUGCAGAAACAUAAAUGGGAGAAUGCAUUUUCAAUGGAUAAAACGUCAUGGGGUUAUAGACGUGAUGCAGUCCUGAGUGAUUAUUAUACAAUUGAAGAAAUACUAGAAGAAGUAGUGUCAACAGUUAGUUGUGGUGGUAAUGCAUUAAUAAAUAUUGGACCAACUCAUGAUGGAAGAAUUGUACCUGUAUUUGAGAAAAGACUCGCACAAUUAGGAGCAUGGCUUAAAAUUAAUGGUGAAGCAAUUUAUAGUAGUAAACCAUGGACUCAUCAAAAUGACAGCAGCACUGGAAAUGUAUGGUACACCACUUCUUACAAUGCUGUACAUGUAUAUGCUAUUGCCUUGGAGUGGCCUGAUGAUAAUAUUCUUAAACUGGGAUCAGUGAAAGCCUCAUCAGGCAGCACUGCUACAAUGCUUGGUUAUGGUAAAGUUAAUUUUGAGACUUCCAGCAAUGGAGUUGUCCAAGUUUCAUUUCCUAAUCUUCCAUUGGACACACCUCUAAUGUGGGCUUGGGUUAUUAUUAGAUUUGAUGGAGUUUCUAGUUAUUAAUUGUUAGCUGCACAAAAACAGUUUUUACUUUUAAAAUGUCAACAAUAUAAUGCAUUGCUAAUAUUAAAUAGUUUAUUGAAGUGUUUUGCUUUUGCUUCUCAUGUUCUAAAACUU